UUCGACAUUCAUGGUUUUGACUUUUAAGUGCGAUUGGAAACUGGGGUGACAGUCAGUUUGACCGAGUCCUCAUGAUCACGGCCAGGCUGGUGCGUGGCGGCGCCAUGGCGGUUGCCAUGCGCCUCCCCUCGUCGAUAUCUACACUAAAACGGGGUUCAGUGCUCCCAUUCUUGGCGUCAUUCUCCUCAAUUCCGCGCUCCGCGCUGGGAACGACUGGUAGCUUUGGUGCUGGGUCUGGGUCAGCAGGCAAACCACUCGAGUUGAAGUACCUGGAAGCUAAUGGCUCGUUGGCCCUUGCGUUGCCUUUGAUGGAAGAUCCUCACAGCGAGAUCGGUUUGGGGAUGAAGCUCUUCAGUCUCCAACCCACGACAACAGUCGCGAGCUUUGUGUCGCAAGUGCAAUUGGAGGAUUCGACGGCCAAAGAGGUGCAGAUUCGAACCCAAAAAGGCGUUCCCGUCGCGCCCGAAACGCAAUUUACCUCCCUCAUGGCGGACGAUUUCCAAGUUGUGCUCAAUGACAAAGUGCUUCGUGUCGCGGCUCCAGUCUUCACUGGUGAUGCGUACACGAGCCUGCCACAAGACGGAGGGUUGGACAUGCGUGCAAUCGCGCACAAGGCUGCCAUCAUCAAGUUGCGGGAAACUAUCGCAAACCACCCGAAAUGGAAGAUUGACAUUACCGAGUUCAAGAAGAUCGCAGCGGACCAUGGCAUUCCCCCAAAGCAAGCGAGCCAAGUACUCCAUGCGUUCCAUCAAGUCGGCCUCGUCUUCCACUUUUCCCAGGCAUCAGACGAAGAGCUCAAGACGGCGGUCUUUCUCAAACCGCGCAAUAUUUUGGACGGCUACUUCGACUCGCUGGGGUUGACGCCUCCGUCCACCCAACGAUACAUUGAAAAGCGCCAGCAACUCGAGGCGGACUUGGCGGCCAUCAUGCCGGAACACGACGCAUUAUUGCACUUGCGAAAACAACUGGACGAGUCGGCGCACAAACGCACCGCGAUCUACUGCUACUUGAGCUCGGCGGGUACACAUUGACAUCAGAUUUGCAUGUGAUGCUCAUGGCAUUGGCAGGAUUGGUCGGGAUGGGCGGGCUCUAUGCAUGGCUCACGUUCGUCCAGUAUUCGUGGGAUAUCAUGGAGCCGAUCACGUACUUCACCGGAUUCGGGGUGUCUGUGCUGAGCUACUUUUGGUGGACUCUGACCAAGUCCGAGUACGAGUAUGAGAACGUGUACGACUUCAUCUACCAGCGCCGCCGCAACGCGCUCUACACCAAGUCGCAGUUCGACCCGAUUAAGUUAGAAAAGCUCCAAACCAAGGUCGCCGACAUCCACCGCGACAUUGCCCAGAUCUCGGCCAAACUCACCAAGCCAACCUGUCUCCAGGCAGAGUUCUAUCGUGAAUCCUAACUUGGCAUCCUUCGCGUCUGUGCAUCUCUUGAGGUUGCAUGUGCUGCCAUAUCUUCUCCCCGGCGUUUCCGUCAAGACGAAACUCGACGGUGGAGGAGAAAAAGAGGCCAUAAGGUGCUGCAAAUAGACUUGCAUCGAAUGACUGCCGAAAGUUCGGGGCGGAUGCAUAUACUAAUUUAGAUAAACAUCGAAC